AUGACCGUCCCUAGGCUCCUGCGACACGCCGCUACUGCGGCUUUGCUCGCUCUCGGAACCUUUCAGGGCCAAUCCGAUCCUAGCAACGUAGUCGGAUUCCUGCGUACUAAUUUGAGCUGCAUUUGGGUCGUAGAAGCGAGCGGAUCCAACAGCAACGAAACGAGUGGAGUGGGAAACGAUUCUGAGAACGGUAGGAAAAGGGAAGAGGGAGGUGGUCCGGGUAGGAGCAAGAAAAACUCGUCGGGUGGUCUCGUGCCGGAGAUCCCUGAAAAUGGAGGUGACGCAGGACCUUCGGGGUCCAAAGGAAGUUCAGAAAAUCGGGCAAGCGGUUUAAGAGGCGUUUCUUCGAAUUCUCAGGGCAGCACUCCUGCAUCUCAGCCAGAGAAGCCAAGUUUACAGAGCAUUUUUGGCAACCUCUUCCAGAAUUUCGGCUCGGACGAAGAAGGUGGGCAUCCUCUUGCUGAACAGGCGAGCGAUGCGAAGGCUUUUAAUGACCUCAUCGACCGAAUUUUUGUUCCCCGCCUGCAGACCGCACCUAAAUAUCAGGGGGCUUUGGAAUAUAUAAACGAGUCAAUUUAUCGUGACGUACUGAGGGGACCAAAGAAGGUCAAGGGCAACGUUCAUCUAUUGCAGCAGGCAUACUCUGUCAUUAAUCAUCCUGCGAAGAUGUUAGAUGUCCCCGAGUUGUUCGUGGAGCUGCGCGCUGCUGCGGAUCGUCGGAUUUGGGAUCAAACCCGCCAACGGGAGAAGGCGCAGUAUGAGAGAAAGGGAGACCCGGUCCCAAAGAGGUUCGAGAUGUCUGCUGAUGAUGUGGUGGCGCUAGAAGCUGAAGAGCCUAGGGUGCGAGAGGAGGAGCUGUCGAACGCUGAACUGCAAGCUCGUAUUCGCAUGAUAAACGGGUGGAUGAAGGAGCAAUUUCGUCUGCGCCUGUACUACAGCAAACGCACAGGCGCUUUGAAAGCAGACCCACAGGAUCUGGUGGACACCUUCAACCCUGGCCCCAACGUUCAAGUAACAAUUGAGGACAUUAUUGGUCUGAGCUACGAGGCGGAGCUUGAACCUGAGCCAGAAUUUGAGAAUUCUGGGGACCGACGGGCCCCUCAUGGCGCAGAACUUUAA